GGAGAGCCGUUUGGCUGUAUAGCCGGUCCCGAUCAUUUUGCUUCCCUUUUAAAAGACCAUGGCCAAAUGGGGAGAAGGAGACCCUCGGUGGAUCGUAGAGGAGAGAGCCGACGCGACUAACGUUAACAACUGGCACUGGACGGAGCGGGAUGUGACAAACUGGUCAUCGGACAAGCUGAAGGAGCUGCUCUCUGGUGUGCGUGUAGAGAGCGAGGAGGGAAGCUGUGGAGUCACGGAAGUUAGCAAGGUUGAGGGUGAGGCCUCCAUCAAUAACCGCAAGGGCAAGCUCAUCUUCUUCUACGAGUGGGACGUCCAGGCAACCUGGAAAGGGGUUUCUAACACUGGAGCCAAAUACAAAGGGAUCAUAGAGGUUCCGAACCUCUCCGAUGAAAAUAACAUGGAAGACCUGGACAUAAUGGUCACUGUGACUAAAGGUGACCCAGACGCACCUCUCCCAGUCCUCAUGAAAAUGGAAGGAGCUGCUAAAAUCCGAGCUGCACUCGGGAGCUACGUGGAUUAUUUGAAGACAGAGUUCACUCAAGGCAUGAUCUUGCCUACGGCCAAUGGUGUGAACAAACAGGCGCAGUCACAGGCUCAAGUUAAAGUGGACAAGACCCAGAUAGGAUUUGUGAGUUCAGCUGCUGCUUCCAGUACUGGAGUGAAGAUCCCUACCUGCAAGGUCAGCCUGAAGGACACCUUCCUUACCUCGGCGGAGGAGCUCUAUAGAGUCUUCAUCAAGCAGGAGUUGGUGCAGGCCUUCACGCACGCGACUGCGGUGGUGGACGGAGAGAAGGGGGGCAAGUUCCGCUUGCUGGACGGCAAUGUCCUGGGGGAGUUCCAGGAGCUGGUUCCAGAACAAAAAAUAGUCAUGAAAUGGCGAUACAACACCUGGCCCUGUGAACAUUAUGCGACAGUAACCAUGAACCUGUUGGACCACGGCAAUGAGACAGAGUUGGCGGUGGAGUUGCGAGGGGUCCCGGUCAACGAGGAGGAGAGGACGAGACACGGGUGGCAGCAGUACUAUUUUGAGGGCAUCAAACAAACUUUUGGUUACGGAUCACGGCUCUACUGAAGACGCACUGUAUCAUGUCAUUUCCUCCUCAUGUGACCUUGGAACUUGGGGGGAAAAAAAUCAGGAGAAAGGAGUGUUUUUUUGCUCGUAACGUGUGUGCAUAAAUGCUUUCGUUUUUAGCACAGUCUUUUCUGUUAGAACUGCUGCAGAACCAGCGUGAGUGGACUGUGCUCUUGUGGACUGAAGAUUGAAUCCUCACAUGCGUACAGCGGCUCCAGACAGUUCUGCGUUUUGGUGACAGGCAUGAAAUGGAAUAUGAAACCGUGAACCACUAGGGAUUGUAUUGUUCUUUUGAUUAGAGUAGUCUUUUGAAAGUGUUAAAGAAUAGACUUGCAUCCUCUCUGUUUACUUGUACUUGUUAAUACAUUAUUUUACUGAACUGUUGUUUUUAAAUGAGAUUUCAUGCACAUGUUCCUGUAAGUACUGUCAACUAUCAACUUGAUUACUGAAACAAUCCUAACUGGGCAUUCAGUCUUUGUUUCUGUGGACGCACAUAUUUUUUGGUACUGUAUUUUGUUUAGUUUUAAUAAUGCAAAUCGGAUUUGUAUCGGUUACUGCAGGUCAGUAUGAGUAGCGAUGAAAAUGGUCUGUAAAGAACUGAAGUACAUUAGACUCAGUUGCAGCUCAGAUCUGACUGAUCUGUCGUGGGUGCAGGGAACUUGAGUAACGGAAGCAUAGUGCAUUGGGCUCUGCUUUAAUUAGGAGCUGCUACCAGAGCGGUAGCCUUCAGGUCCGUAUGGCAACAGCACAGCCUGCAGUUUCAUUUCAUACUUUACUUUCCGUUUGUCACGUUGUGCAAUGAGAUUUCCUUUGGUGGCCAAACAAUAAACGUUAUUCUCCCUGUU